UUGAAGUUGGACUACAAUAAUGUUCAUUACAUGAAUAUUCGACGAAUGAUGCUUCAGCGUGGGGGCUAGCUAUAAAUGGAACUAAGAGUUAGACCCCAUAAGAACGUUUUUACUAUGACUCGAAUCGCUGAAUAAGAACUCAAUGUCUGCAGAAAAUGUUCAUGUAUUGGUGGGCGUAAUCUGCCUCAGUCUGUGCUGGGCCCAGGCUCCAGGAGAUGAGGUUGCACGAUGCACAACUGAUCAUUCAAAUCCCCCACAAUAUCCCGACACUGUGAGGAAUCUGAUGGACAGUUACAACUAUGAGAACCUCUUACCUGGAAAUGGAACUGGGAACCCUCCCAUUGCCACUGCAGUCUGGAAUGACUUCAGCUUUGAUGGAAAUGAUGUCAACGUUACGCCCAACUUAUUGGCAGCAAGGAGCUGGAGGAAUAUGUCGAUUUCAGACACGAGUUUGUGGAUGGAGGCAGAAUGAUGUCGUUUCUCAGAAUAACUGGCUCUUUACUCAACACAUCAGUUCAGAUUUUGACUCCAACAUUCACAACUAUAAUGUGACCAUACAUGUGGAGGCAAUUUACUCAUUGCAGAGUUGUAGAGAUCGGCAAGAUUGUAUACAAAGUUUCAAUCUUCUCCACUACAUGACUAACUCACAACAGCUCCCCCGUAUUACUGGAAAUGGAUAUAUGAAUACUCAAAAUUAUGAAAUUUUUGCAGAACCGGAGGGACCAGUAUCCUCAGUCACGUACACCAAUACCUACAGUUUCACUCUGCCACCAUCUUACACUGGUUUCUACAUAGCCUGUCCAGGACAUCUGGGUCAUGUAUAGCUCUAUCAAGACUGAGAGUCUACCGCACAAUUGUAAAUCUCGUCAGUUGGGCUGGCCCUGUAUCCGAUACCCCAAGCACCAGUGUGACAAUGUAGAUGUGCUAUUUUCUUGUGCCGAGAGAGCUUUCACAUGUACUGGCAGUGGAACGUGGGGUAACGAGUGUCAAUGUAAAUGUGGAUAUGUGGAAAUCACACAGGUCACUGGAUGUAUAGGUAAGGAUGCUCCUGUUAUCGUUCAAAU